AGCAGCUGAAUUGGAGCCAGUCUCACAGAGAUCUGAUGAUGAUGAUCCAAGAAAUGAAAAGGUGUUUGCCUGAAGAGAAAAGGAGUUCCAGCAAGCCCAGUACCAUCAGCGCUCUCAACUAUGCCUUGCAGUGUGUCCAACAGAUCCAAGCAAACAAUGACUUUUUCCAGGCUCUGAAUGACCGAAGAGUGUUUCAGACAGAUGUGAUGACAUACAGCAUAGAAGAAUUGGUGGCAGUUGCAUCUGAACACACUCCAAAAAACACUGACACCUUUGUGGCUGUGUUUUCCUUGCUUUCUGGACGCAUACUGCAUAUUUCUGAGCAGGCAGCAUCCAUUCUAAACUGUAAGAAGAAAGUGUUGGACUCCUCCCGGUUUGUAGAGCUGCUUGUCCCUCAGGAUGUGAGCGUGUUCUACACGCACACCGAUCAGUCCCACCUGCCACUGUGGAACAUGGAAAGUCAAACAGCUUCUCUGUAUGAAUAUGCCCAGGUGAAAUCCUUUUUCUGCAGGAUCAGGGGUGGUAAAGAUCAAGAACAAGAAAUGCGUUGUUACCCCUUCCGAAUCACCCCGUACUUGGUCCAUGUGCGUACUUCUGUCCAUGUGGAUGCAGAAUCCUGCUGCUUAGCUUUGGCUGAGAAAAUUCACUCUGGAUAUGAAGCUCCUCGAAUUCCUACGGAUAAAAGAAUCUUCACCACCACUCACACGCCUGGAUGUGUUUUUCUUGAGAUAGAUGACAGAGCAGUGCCUUUGUUGGGUUACUUACCUCAAGAUUUAAUUGGAACAUCCAUACUGAUGUAUUUGCACCCGGAAGAUCGUCCUUUGAUGAUUGCUGUUCACCGGAAAAUCCUGAAAUUUGCUGGCCAACCCCCUUUUGAACAUUUACCUAUUAGAUUUUGUACUCAAAACGGGGAUUAUGUCAUACUGGAUACCAGCUGGUCCAGUUUUGUGAAUCCUUGGAGCAGGAAAGUAGUAUUCAUCAUUGGCCGACACAAAGUCCGGACAAGCCCUUUGAAUGAAGAUGUCUUUGCUGCAAGAAGUAAAGAAAUGAGCAGUGUUGAGAAAGAGAUAAGAGAAUUGCAAGGACAAAUUUACAAGCUGCUUCUGCAGCCAGUUCACAGCAAUGUUUCCAGUGGUUAUGGAAGCCUUGAAAGCAAUGGCUCCUAUGAGCACUAUAUCAGCAUAGCAUCUUCAAGUGACUCCAAUGGGAAUUGUGCAGAGGAAAUACAGGAACCAAUGACAUUGCAACAAGUUUGUGCAGAUGUCAACCGAAUAAAGAAUCUGGGACAGCAGCUGUAUAUUGCGUCAAGGAGCAAGACACAGAAUGGAAAUGAAAAGGCUGUGAGCUCAGAAAUGCUAGGAGGGAAGAAGCACGCUGCUUCCUGUUUUCUUCAGACAUUGAGAAGUGAUAGCACAGAAGGACCAGGCAACACAUUUUAUGAUGAUUCAAAGAAGACUCCGCGUGUCCCUUCCUAUCAGCAGAUCAAUUGUGUUGAUAGUAUCAUCAGAUAUCUAGAGAGCUGCAGUAUUCCAGCAUUAAAAAGGAAAUUUAAAUCUUCUGCAAAUACAUCGUCGUCAUCUUCAGAAGAUGACAAGCAAGUCCAGCAAAGGCAGCAGGAAGUCGAGGCAUUGGAAGUAUCUGCUGAUCGGGAAGAGUCGCUGAAAGACCAGACAGCUGCAGGCAUGGUGGGAGCUCCUCUGGCAGACCUGACCCUGUCCAACAAGGCUCCAAGUGUGGUGUCUGUCACCAGCCAGUGCAGUUACAGCAGCACUAUAGUGCAUGUCCCACACCCUGAAUCAGAAGUGACUACAAUGGAGGAUACCACUGUUGGAAGUGAACAAAUUGAGCUGCCUCCUGUGAAUGCUCAGAGUCUCACUAUGGUACCUGAGGACUUAAAGCCAAUUGGGCUAACAAAAGAGACGUUGUCAGCCCACACUCAAAAGGAGGAGCAGAACUACGUUGACAAGUUCCGCCAGAGGAUCCUGCUCUCUCCAUUUAGGACUUACCUCCAACAGGGGAGCAGAAGUAACAACGGACAUUCCUGUGGCCAAGGAGAUUCCCCUUCAAAGCAGAUGAGUCCAGCUAGCUGUAAAAAAGGCAAACAUGGAAAAAUCAAGCGCCAGAAACCUCAGAGACAGUCCUCAGAUAGCCACUCUUCUAGUAAAAAUAGAAAUAGUCUUCCAUGUGAGAAGAGAACAAUUCAGAAACAGUCAUUCUCUCCCUCACAAGUGUCCUAUCUGAGCUCCUCCAGUAUGAAUGUCCUUCCUCCUAUGGGAUUUCCUGUCUAUUCAGAUCCACUAUCUAGUUUUCCAGCCUCUUCUGUAGGAGAAGAGCUUGCCCUUCGCUCGUUAAAACCUGAGUCUGUGUCAUCAUCACAGCUAUGCUGUGAAGUGCAGUCAUGCCCAGCACUUUAUCCCCCAAACAUAGGCACGUUUAUGGCUGUAUUUUUUCAGAGUUUCCCCAUGUGUGCUCAGAUGCCUCAGUAUGUCUUUCUUCCUAGCCCUCAGUAUGUUUAUCCCCCCUCUUCAUAUCCAUGCACUACACUACCUCCAGCCCCACCUCCUCCUGCUCCAUCACCAGUAGCACCGCAGUCUGUGGAUCAGCCCUUUCCAGCCUCCUCUGCCACAUCCACGGAGGACCAGCAAGAGGGCCAGCGCCACCAGGCCCUACUGCUGAGUAGCUCACGGAGCAGCUCCCCGCUUCAGCUGAAUUUGCUUCGAGAAGAGCUGCCAAAACCUAUGGAGCUUUCCAUUAGUACUGGUGUUAAAGCACGUGCAGAAGCUAAAUGUGACAAUAAUCCAGAAGAUAGUGGUAACAGUGCUAGCCAUUGUGCUUCUGGUGUAUUUACUGACCACUCGCUGUACGAGGACUCCCAGUCAGGUACAGGCUCAGCAGCAUCAGGCAGUGGAUCAGCUUUAUCUGGUUCUUUAGGCUCUGGCUCCAACCAGACUUCUGGUUGUGGCACAGAGAAGAAUUGGGAAGCAGAAGAAAAAGGGACAGCUCAUAAAUCCAAACAUGAGUCAGCCUGGGUGAUGAUGGAUCACGCACCUGAGCAAGUUCUAAUGACUUACCAAAUGCCUAACAGAGUUAAAGAGGAAGUUUUAAAGGAGGAUCUGGAGAAGCUGACAGUCAUGCAAAAGCAGCAGCCUUGGUUUACAGAUGGGCAAAAGAAGGAGCUUGCGGAGGUACAUACGUGGAUCCGGACCCAGACUGUCCCACUGCAAAUCAGCACCCAAGGCUGUGUUACAUGUAACAUCAGGGAAGCAAGUUGUGAGGCUGCAAUGGCUGAGGACAAUAUGGAAAACAAGGGAAAAUCACCUCUGCUCCUGCAACACUGA